AUGAGUCUCACUGCAAAAGACAAGGGCAUUGUUGUGUCCUUCUGGAACUCCAAGGCCGCAGCCAAGGCCAAUGAGAUUGGAGCACAGGCUUUGGCAAGCUUUAUAAAUGAGGCCCUUGAUCUGGGCCCUGACUCUGCACAAGUGAAGAAGCACGGCGCAACCAUCAUUGGCACCCUCGGAGACGCUGUUGGAAUGAUGGAUGACCUUGUUGGUGGUCUGAACAAGCUGAGCGAGCUGCACGCUUUCAAGCUCCGAGUGGACCCUGCCAACUUCAAGAUCCUGGCCCACAACAUCAUCCUGGUUUUGGCCAUGUACUUCCCAGAAUACUUCACUCCAGAGGUCCACACCUCCGUUGACAAGUUCCUGCAGAAGGUGGCUUUGGCUUUGGCCGAGAGAUACCGAUAA